AGUAUAUCAACUUUUUAAAAUCAUUUUGGCUCACUGAUAAUGGAAAUCAUAGAAAUGAUAGAACAAGGAGCUGAGGCAAGAGUUUUCAAUGUAACAUAUCUAGGAAAGCCUGCUGUUCUUAAAGAGCGGUACAAAAGGAAAUACCGAAAUCCACUAUUGGAUGAACAUAUUCUAAAAGAGAGAAUGAGAUCUGAGGCCAGAGGAUUAUUGAGGAGUAAAAUGGCAGGUGUUCGAGUACCAGCUGUGUAUAUGGCUGAUAUAGAAACUGGAAGACUGUGUUUAGAAUGCAUUGAUGGCAUUACAGCCAAAAAGUUCAUUGAUAAGGAGUUAGAAGAAAGGGGAGUUGAAUGCAAUGAUUCUCUAUUUCAGGUGAUGCAACUUUGUGGGGAAAGUAUUGGAAAACUUCACUCUGAUAACCUUAUUCAUGGUGAUUUGACUACAUCUAACGUUAUUAUCUCAGAAAAGAAACCUGUGGAAGUUUCAUUAAUAGAUUUUGGUUUAAGUUAUGUCUCAACAUCAGUAGAAGACAAAGGAGUUGAUUUAUAUGUUUUGGAAAGAGCUUUGGUUAGUACUCAUUCAUCAGCGGAUAAACUUUUUGAACAAAUUUUAGCUUCAUAUAAGCAAACGUAUCAUUCUGGUGCUAAGGAAGUGUUGCAUAAAUUUGAAGAAGUGAAAGCAAGGGGAAGAAAAAGGACCAUGGUUGGGUGAAAUUUUUUAACUGAUAUUGUAUAUAGUUUUUUUGGUACCAGUUCACAAGAGUUUCACACAGAUUACGUUUGGUUCACAAUCACUUUGGUCACACUUGUUCAUGGAAUGCCGAAUGCGUUCGGGUUUAUCCUAAACAGAACUAAGGCGACCGAUCUCUUGAGUCAGUUACUAUUAACUUUCCUGCCAUUAAAGUACUUCUAUGACCUUAACCAUGUUCAGUUAUAUAGCAGGAUCCGACACAUUCAAAAUUAAGGCUACACAUCAUGAAAACUGAAUCGGACUUACAUAUAUUAGAGAGCUGAGAAAAAGAAAUAGUAAUAGAUAAAAAUCUUUAUUAUUACAUCUCAGAAUGCUAUUUCACGAUAUUAUUUUUCUUAUUGAUGAUUUCCAUUAUUCAUUAUCUCGGAAUUAUCAGAUAUUCUUCAUCAGUUGUUUCCCCAAUAUGUCAAUUCCUUUCUUGAAAAUAAACACGAUUUUUUUUUUUUUUUUACGGAUGAUUACAAUAAUCCCCAUAUUCGGAUUAUCAAGCAAAAUAACUGUGAAUAAAAAUAAUUACACAGCUAAUCCAUUCAAUAAAAAUAAUAGCGAUUAAAAUGAAAAAAUAAAUUUUAAGUUAGCAGUUAGCAGAUCUACGAGUACCGUUGGGAUUGGACAUUUUUGGGAAUAAAUAUUUAUCUAUAUAAUAAUUAAUAGAUAAAUUUUAUUUAUUAAUAUUGUAAACUUUUCUCGCGCAAUCUGACAUUAUUUUCAUAAUAAGCGUCCUUGACAACUUAAUAGUGGACUCUUGUAUCUAAGAAAUCCAAAAAUCGAUGAACAAUUUUAAAUCUGACAGUAUAUUCAUAACAAGCUACGACUAGAAAAUAGUGGAUCCCUAUAUGUAAGAAUUCAAAAAAGUUACAUAAACUUGAUGCUCAAUCUCAAAUCAGACAGUAUAUGCAUACAAAGUGCCCCACACUAGAAAAUAGUGGAUCGUCGUAUUAUUAUAAAUCCAAAAGUUACAUAAACUAAAUAGACGAUUGCUCAAUUCUAAAAAAGGCUUGCUAAAAUAAAUUAUAAAUUCAAUUAUUCCAACAUCUAUUGAAAAACUCGAAUAACAAAUAAAAAGAUAAUAGAUAACUUCAGAUUAUUUAUUAUUCAAAUGAUGAAAAAAUCGUUUAUACACAGUUUUAAACGGUAAUAUACCACAGUAUAUGCGUAUUUACAGCCACUACAUGUAAGCACGUGUCAAUAAAAAUGUUAUUUCUAAAAGCAUUUUUUUUUUAACAGGCCUUGAAGAAACAACUCGAACAUUAUUAUAUAUAUAUAUAUAUAUAUUUUUUUUUCACAGUAAUAAACGUUAUAAUAAAAAUUAACAAUUAACAAAUUAGUAAAUACACAAUUCUUUAAUAAAUUGUUAAUAAGGAAGUUCCAUCAAGGGAAUACGUUUUUUUUUUUUUUUCAAAAAUACAUGAAAAGGGAUUGUGUGUUGGGACAAUAGUUGACGCCAUAAAAGACGACAAUAUUCUGCUGUUUUCGGGAUUCCAUGAACAAGUGUGACCGAAGUGAUUGUGAACCACAUGUAAUCCGUGCAGAACUCGUGUGAACUAGUACCGUUUUUUUUUUUAAUUAUAUCUGUAACUCAAAGCAGAUGAAUACCUUCAAGCAUGAAGGUGAAAAUGUUUCAGAUAAUGAAUUUUAUGAAGCCUUUUUAUCUGUUUUAAUAUUAAAUCUGUUUUUUAUUGUAUUUCACAAGAGGCUAAAAACAAUAUUUAUGAAUAAACGUUUUUAGUCAAAUAUUU